AUGUCCGGAUUAGCAAAACUCAAGUCGUGGUUAUAUAAAGCUUCCCUCUUCGUUUCCUUGAUACUUUUGAUUGGGUUUUCAGUAGUAUUACCCAUAGAUUCCAUUGCACAAGCUUCUAAAUCAGAAAACAAUGCUUUUAAUACGUUCAUUGUUGUUGGCGCUUUAGUUGUUUUUGGAGUUUUUUGUAUCUUCAUUAUUAUCGGAAGAAUGCUAUUUCAUAAGAGUUGUUUAAAAGAUAUACCAAGAAGAUAUAUUCCAAUCACACCAGCCGAUCUCCCGCAUCGUUCCAGUCGAGAAGCAGUGCUGCAAAAUAUGGAAAGGUCGAAGGAGUUAACAAUUCUUCUUAAGAAACCAAAGGACCCUGUUAUUCAUGACGGACUGGAACCUCCAAGGAGAUGUGACUACCCAUCAAAUGAAAAGUUAUUUCCAGAAUACCUAAACUAUGCUGAUUGUAUAAAGAGUUUAACGGAUAGACUGAAAUACCAUGGGCUAUUUCUGAACAAUUUAGAUGUUAGAAUGAAAUUAGAGGAUACCUUUGCUGAUGUGGUGAACUCUCAAUUCGUUAAUCACAAUGCCAAUAAAAUUCAACUAGAGAAAGCUAAAGAGUUUAUUGAUUUAUAUGAAACAAUUAGAUUUUCUGGCAAAGAUGUCACGAGAGACCAAUUCAUAAAGUUUGUUAAAUUUUGUCUCUAUUUUGGUGAAGUGUCAUUAACAAGAGACACUUCGUUUGCAAAUUUACAUAAUUUCAAAUUAAACGGCAGUUCAAAUAAUGUUGGAACAACUGAAUCAGGAUAUUCGAUAAAUCCAUUUGAUGAAAAUGAAUACGCACAAGAUGAUAUGCAUUACUUUCCCGAACCGCCUACACAUUUGGUUAGAGAAAGUAGCCUAAGUACCGUGGCAAGGCAUGUUUCAUCAGGUGUAGACCUGACUAAUUCUGAAGAACAUCCUUUGGAGACGGAUUCCGAUUAUAACCCACUCCGUGUCAAAAUUUCCGAAGCGGAUAGUUAUAGAAGUGUAAUUCGUCAUUAA